AUGUUCUCUCCGGCUUCAAGGAAAUCUGGAUUCAGUUCUCGUAAAAAUGUCUCUGUAACAAAUUAUGAUUCGCCGGUGGCAGUGGCAGAGAAUCGAAGGCCACUCCACGACAGUCCGAUCACAAAUCGACCCGCAACUGGCACCCCCGCCCCUUGGGCCUCUCGCCUCUCCGUCCUUGCCAGAGUUCCCACUGUGAAUAAAAGUGAGAAAGGAGAGCCUAAAUAUAUUGCGGAGUUUCCUCAAGUAUUACGUGAUGCACAAGCUAUGUUAUUACAGAAUCAUGCUCCCGGUGAUGCAUCUAUCUCUGGUGGAAUUGACAAGGAAACAUCUCUGGCAUGGAUUAUCUGUGGAAACAGACUAUUUAUCUGGAAUUACUUAUCUCCUGCCACUUCAAGAACAUGUGUCGUCCUUGAUGUUCCUUCAAUUACAUCAGAAAAUGGAGAUAUAGGCAAAAGAAUUUCUCGGUCUAAUAAUUGGUUAGUCUGUGUUGUCAAUUGGGAUAGCUCAAAGAGGAGAGCAGGAAAAUUCAUUCAACAGGGCAAUUCUGUUGGGAUUGUAUUGUGUAAUAAAAAAACUCGAGCUCUUAUGUACUGGCCAGAUAUCUAUAGUGAAACCCAGAACAAGCCCCUGACUAGUUUUGUUUCUGUUGAGGAGUCAGAAGGGUCUUACUUUCCUAGCGAUGGAAAAUCCGUCUCUAGCAACCAACAGCAACAGGGAAAACUUGAUAUCAGUUCGGCUAGAUCAAGUUCUAUUAACUCUAUGCUUGCUGCUUCUAUCCCUGCUAACCGCUAUGACUGCAUUGCUAUUGCAAGUAGUUCUAGUGGUGAACUUUGGCAGUUUUUCUGCAGCCCUUCUGGGAUUCAAUGUAACCAGAUUUGUGUUGGCAUGUUGAACAUAUCCUCUCAAAGCAGUGACAGUAGCCCAUUUGUUGGAAGCAAGGGGUAUCCGAGGUCAUUGAUUUGGCAUUCUUACUGUCAUUCUUCAGACGAGCCCAAAAGACAGUUUCUUUUACUAACAGAUCAUGAGAUUCAAUGCUUUGAAAUAAAACUCUCUCAUGAUUUUGAUGUGUCAAAGCUCUGGUCUCACCAGAUAAUUGGAACUGAUGGUGAUUUGGGUAUCCAGAAAGAUCUGGCAGGCCAAAAGCGAAUUUGGCCUCUUGAGUUGCAAGUUGAUAGUGAUGGCAAGGUAAUAACUAUUCUUAUUGCUAUAUUUUGCAAGGACAGGGCCACCAGUUCAAGCUACACUGAGUAUUCGCUUCUGACCAUGCAAUAUAAAUCUGGAGUGGAUAUCACUAAGCCAAUAGGUGAAAGAAUAUUGGAGAAAAAGGCUCCUAACCAAGUGAUAAUACCUAAAGCAAGAGUAGAAGAUGAGGAAUUUUUGUUCUCCAUGAGAUUAAAGGUAGGAGGAAAGCCAGCUGGUUCUGCCAUUAUACUCUCUGGUGAUGGUACUGCAACUGUCUCACAUUAUUGGAGAAACUCCACUCGGCUUUAUCAGUUUGAUCUUCCUUAUGAUGCUGGAAAAGUUCUUGAUGCUUCAGUGCUCUCAUCUUUGGAGGAUAGUGAAGAUGGAGCUUGGGCCAUCCUCACAGAGAAAGCUGGAGUUUGGGCUAUUCCUGAGAGUGCUAUUUUACUAGGUGGGGUUGAACCACCUGAGCGAAGCUUAUCACGUAAAGGGAGUUCAAAUGAUCGAUCGGUACUAGAGGAGAGACGAAACUUGUCUUCGGCUGGGAACAUUGCUCCCAGAAGAGCUAGUUCAGAAGCAUGGGAUGUUGGUGAUAGGCAAAGGGCAGGCUUAACUGGAAUUGCACAUCGGAGCCCUCAAGAUGAGGAAUCAGAAGCGUUAUUAAGUCAGCUUUUCCAUGAUUUUCUCUCGUCUGGGCAGGUUGAUGGUGUCCUUGACAAACUAAAAAAUUCAAGGGCAUUUGAAAGAGAAGGGGAAAUUAAUGUGUUUACAAGGACAAGCAAAUCAAUUGUUGACACCUUAGCUAAACAUUGGACAACAACCAGGGGUCCUGAGAUAAUCUCUUUGUCUGUUGUGUCCACACAGCUUGUAGAGAAACAACAGAGGCAUCAACAGUAUCUCCAGUUUCUUGCUUUAUCCAAGUGCCAUGAAGAAUUGUGUUCAAGACAGAGACAAUCUGUGCAAAUCAUCAUGGAACACGGGGAAAAGCUUGCUGGCAUGAUCCAAGUGAGGGAACUACAACAUAUAAUGAGCCAAUCCAAUGUAACUGGAAUUGACGCUUAUUCUGGUUCAUAUGCUCAAAUAUCUGGUGCUCUUUGGGAUCUAAUCCAGUUAGUUGGUGAGAGAGCUCGCCGGAACACAGUCCUUUUAAUGGAUAGGGACAAUGCUGAAGUAUUCUAUAGUAAGGUUUCAGAUAUUGAGGAAUUAUUUUACUGCUUAGAGAGACAGCUGGAAUACCUCAUUAGUGGAGAGAUGCCAAUUACGAUUCAAUUUCGAAGAGCCUGUGAAAUCUCAAAUGCAUGUGUGACUUUAUUCAAUGCUUCCAUGCAAUACAGGAGUGAACAUCACUUCUGGUAUCCUCCUGCAGAGGGCUUAACGCCGUGGUAUUCAAAAACUGUGGUAUUGGGUGGGCUGUGGAGUGUUGCAUCAUUCAUGCUUCAGCUGUUAAAUGAAACGAAUCAUCUUGACGAUUCUGCUAAGUUGGACUUCUGUUCGCAUCUAGAAGCACUCUCAGAAGUAUUACUAGAGGCAUAUUCUAAUGCUAUCACAGCCAAAAUUGACCGGAAAGAAGAACACAGGAGUCUGUUGGUGGAAUACUGGAAGCGGAGAGAUGCACUUCUUGACUCCCUUUAUCAGCAAGUGAAAACGUUUAUGGAAGUCGAACUCCAGGAUUCCAUUGAAUCCAAUGAAUUGCAGAAUAAGAACAUUCUCAGAAAACUUUCUGCAAGAGUAUUGUCUAUUGCCAAACGACAUGAAGGAUAUCAAACUAUGUGGAGCAUAUGCAGUGACCUCAACGAUUCCGAACUCGUUCAAAGUCUUAUGCAUGAGAGCGUGGGACCUAAAGGAGGGUUUAGUUACUUUGUAUUUGAACAACUCUAUGAAAGCAAACAUUUCUCGAAGCUUAUGAGGUUGGGGGAAGAGUUUCAGGAAGAUCUGGCUACUUUUCUGAAGCAUCAUCCUAAUCUUCUCUGGCUCCAUGAAUUGUUUCUUCGCCAAUUUUCCUCAGCUUCUGAUACUCUACAUGCCUUAUCUCUUUCUAAGGAAGAUAGCUCAGUUUCAGAUACUGAUGAAAUUGAUGCUGGUGGCUCAAAGAGUAGAUUAACCUUGGCAGACAGAAGGCGUUUUCUGAAUCUUGCAAAAAUAUCAGCAAUAGCGGGAAAGAAUGCUGAUUAUGAAACAAAGGUGAAGCGCAUCCAAGCAGAUCUGAAUAUUCUCAAACUACAGGAAGAAAUUUUGAAACUUGUACCUGAUAGUGAAGAAAAGCAAUCAAUCGAACAAAAGCUUCUUCCUCCAGUAGACCUUAUUGAAUUGUGCAUUAAAAGUCAAAAUCGAGAGCUAUCAUUGCGAGCUUUCGAUCUUUUUGCUUGGACCAGCUCCUCAUUUCUUAGAAAUAAUACAACCCUAUUAGAAGACUGCUGGAGGAAUGCAGCAAAUCAAGAUGAUUGGGAAAAGCUCUAUCAAAUGUCUUUAACCGAAGGGUGGAGUGAGGAGGAGAUGUUGCACAUUCUUAGGGAUACCGUUCUUUUCCAGGCUUCUAGUAAGUGUUAUGGACCGGAAUCAGAAAUUUUUGAAGGCAGAUUUGAUGAAGUUCUGCUGCUCAGGCUGGAAAAUUCAGAAUUUUCGAAUGUGAAGGACAUGAAUUCCUCUGUGGAAACUAUCCUUAUGCAGCACAAGGAUUUUCCAGAUGCAGGCAAGUUGAUGCUCACAGCAAUUAUGUUAGGGAGUGUUUCAGUGGUGACUAGUACUAAGGAUGAUGAAUGGCCUACCCUUAUGGACUCGUGA